UCGCUUCCGGAAGCGCGCGCGCGGCAGUACUAUGGUUUCCAUCUUCAGAACUGGUUUCCCAAUUCGUUGGGUGGCUUUGCUGCAGCCUCGUCCUUGGUUUUGCAGGAUGCAAGUUCCCAGUUUGUAUGUGGGCAGGGCUAUCUCCACAUCCCCUGAUAAACCAUCUACCAUAGAGACUGAGAAAUUCCAGAUGAUUUAUCGGUUCCCUGGCAUCAAAUUAUGUGGGUCACUGUCCCGGAUGAAAAUUCUACAAACAGGGAUUACUAUGGUAAUAUUGCCACCUGGCUUUCAUUGGUACAUGGAGGGCCUCAUUCCCCUGAACUCCCUAUUUCUCAUGGGGGGUGUUGCUAGCUUUGCCCUAGCCAUGUUGUAUUGGAUUAGCCAUUUCUUUCGUCGCCUUGUUGGGAUCCUUUAUGUGAAUGAGGCUGGCACUGUGUUGCGGGUGGCACACCUGACCUUCUGGGGCUGGCGUCAGGACACAUAUUGCCAAGUGGCCAAUAUAAUUCCCGUAUCUGAUACCAGCGAACGCCCCUUUGAUGUGUUCUUGAAGAUAAAACAGUAUGAUGAUGGGCAGACCUUCUACUUAACACUUCGAUUUGGACGCGUUCUGGAUAGGAAACGUUUUGUGGAGGUGUUUGGGAAUCUCAAAGGACAUCAUUGAUUGGUAGGAAAAACUCCUGGACCUUACAGAAAUGUGCUUUCACAGAAGCUUUGAAUGGUAAUCCAGAGUGUGCUUAUACUACACCUGUGUCAAGCAUAUCUCCCAGGGCUUAAACUAGAAAGGGAGGUUAAGCGACAAGAAACUUGAGUGGUAGCAAGAAACUUGAGUGGUAGCAGUCAAAAGGAACCUCCUGUGUCUUAGCCACUUUGUCUUUCAAAGUCAAGAGACAAAACAGAACUAAGUUUCUGGUAAAAACAUGUGUUGAAUGGGCUCUGAAAAAGGAAUGUGCUCUGGAACCUUGGAACUUCUUCUUCUUUUUUUUUUUUUUUUUUUAAACCCUUGUACUUCGGUGUAUUGUCUCAUAGGUGGAAGAUUG